GGGGUAAGUUUCUCAGCACGCAGGAGAAAGGAGCUCAUUUUGCUCGGUGUGCGUCGUCUGAGGGGUGCAUCAUCUAACCUCCUCUCUCUCUCUGGCUGGCUGGCUGGCCCUGAACCCGCUGAUUGUAGUUCUCAUCAUCUUUCUCCUCCUCCUUCUCCUCCUCUUCCUCCACUUUGUGCAUGCGCUGCGCAACAUAAAAGGUCCACCGAGAGUUCAAACUAGCUGCUUAAGACGCGCCCACUCCUUCUUGCGUUGUGCAGUUUUGCAAGGAGAGGAGAGAGUGGAUCUGCUCUGCGUUUCAUGAGAAGGGAACACUUGUUCUGUUACUCGAUAAAAGUCAGUUCAAACUCGGUUGGACAUGGUGCUGCCAAGAGUUAUCCGUGCUGUCAUCAUGGGAGCCCCGGGGUCGGGGAAAGGAACGGUGUCUGGGCGCAUUACCAAAACUUUUGGACUGAAGCACAUUUCCAGUGGGGACAUUUUGAGAGCCAACAUCAACGCACAGACCGAGCUCGGGCUGCUAAUGAAGUCCUGUAUUGAUCAGGGUCAGCUGGUACCUGAUGACGUCAUGUCUCGUCUCAUCCUGAAUGACCUGAGGGCAAUAGAUAGCAGCAGCUGGCUACUCGAUGGUUUUCCUCGUACAGUAUCCCAAGCAGAAGCUCUGGAUGACGUCUACACCUUGGACACAGUUAUCAACCUCAAUGUACCUUUCCAGACCAUCAAGCAAAGGUUGACUUCACGUUGGACUCACCUUCCAAGUGGCAGAGUAUACAACACAGAUUUCAACCCGCCUAAAGUCCCUGGCUUCGAUGAUGAAACAGGGGAGCCCCUUUUCCAGAGGGACGAUGACAGACCAGAGACGGUGACACGGCGAUUGAAGUCUUACGAAACCCAGACGGAGCCCGUCUUAGAAUACUACAGGAGUAAAGGUGUGCUAGAGACCUUCUCUGGGACAGAAACCAAUAAGAUAUGGCCACACGUUGAAGUUUUCCUUCAGAGAAAAUUGUCUUCAAUCAAUCAAAAAGUUGUAUAGAAAGCCUGAGAAGAGUUUAUCGACAGAAACCACUGUGUGCAUUGUCCAGUCAAAAUGCCACUUUGCAUUAAACAAAGGGAGUAAUAUAUUCUGAAUGUUUAAAACGGGGAUUACACUCAUCUUAUGUGUACAAGAGUACACGACAGUAAAAUGCCACUUAAAACAAAACAUAAGCUUAGCUUAGUAAUGUUUCCACAAUGUUGACAUUGGUUUUUGAACGUCUCAGGUUGUGUGCAAAAUCUUUUAAACACUAGUUGUUAGACUUUGCACAGAUUGCCUCUUCACUCCAUAGUGUGCCUUUUUAUGAAGCCAGCAGAAAACUGAGUGACUCCAAUAUUAAGGUUUGUAACAGUAAGUGAAGGCUGCGUUUGCAGAGUAUAACCGUUUGACGCGUGCCGGUGAAUGCAGCCAGUUUUAAGGAAAGUGUAAAGUCUUAGCUUUUCUAAUUAUAAUCAUUACUUCCUUUCCUGUUUGAUUCUGAUGAAUAACAAUGGGCACACACUACAAGACUGACUUGUUUUUUCCUAACAUGAAAAAUCCCCUAAAACCAACAUGGUGGGCUCUUAUUUAUGUUUUUGCUUUAGCAUUGCUUUUCCAGAACUGCCUUGCUGGGUUUGUUUUCCAUGCACUAGGCAGCUACCCCAAAGGGAAAUGUGCCACAUUCUACAAAUGACUGUAAAUUCACUUUUGCACUCAAGUGCCUUUUGCUGCUUUUGACAAAAUAAGAGGUAGUUAAAUGAAUGUAAAUGAUUUUUGACGUAGUGGACCAGAUUAAAUGACCAGAUUACAUUUAUUAUGUUGUUAUUUCUCUUUAAUUAAUCAUAAGAAAGCAUUAUUGUGGAACAGCUUCUUUAGCUAGUCUUAAAAGUGAUUGCUCUUAAAUUCUGCCAGCCAUUCCUUGUUGUCAUAGACUGAUAUUAACCAUUUAAUGUGAAUGUGACAACUAAAAAUAUAUGAAGUUUGUACAAGGCUUCUGUCUUGUUUGGGAGAUGUUGCAGUACUUAAGUGUCGUCUGCUGUGUUUUUGUUUUUUUUCCUCUUGUUUUUGCACUCUCUUCUUAAAGUUUCUCCUAUAUUGUUAAAAGCCACAGAAAUGCAAACCUACCUUGGACUGUACUGUACAGAUCAAUGCAGCGAAUGUUUCCUGUGUGUAUUCUGAAACACUUGAAGAUAAUGUUUGAAGGCGUAUCUCCUUUCAUAGGUGACUCACAACUAUGUUUAUAAAUGAUAAUAAAUGUCUUACCUAGA